ACUACGUCACGCGUUUUCACUUUUAUUACUAUACAAUCUACACAUGCGGUCAUCUGUCACGGCAACGGAGUCGUCUGCGAAACAGCUUGACUCGAAAUCGCGCGUGAAACGCGAACCUACCCGCACGACGGGUUAUUAUUUUUCAUUUCGUGACAGAUACGCGAAAUCACUCCGCAAUCAUGAUUGUAGACAGGCCGUUUUUGAAUGUGUUGAUCCUCAGCUUUGGAUUUAUGCUGGUCUUCACGGCGUUUCAAACGAUGGGUAAUAUAGAGCAAACUAUUCUGAAAAGCAUACACGCGGAGGAUAGCAGCUACAAUGCCGAUGCUUACAUCAGCUUAGCCAUAAUUUAUGGCGUGUUCGCGACCUGUAACUGGCUGGCGCCGUCAUACAUCUCAGUAACGGGUCCACGGGUAGCCAUAUUCACCGGUUCCUGUUGUUAUGCCCUGUUCAUCGGCUCCUUCUUCUGCUCGAACGAAGCAUUGCUAUAUGCUAUGUCAGCUGUUCUCGGAGUAGGCGCCGCUUUCAUAUGGACUGGUCACGGACAAUACCUGACGGAGAAUAGCGACAACGACACCAUGUCUCGGAACGCCGGUAUAUUCUGGGCAAUCUUCCAGACAUCACAGUUUGCCGGCAAUCUAUUUGUCUACUUCAUAUUCAAAUCGGACACCAUUGAUCGUGGGCAACGGACGAUCAUUUUUGGCGUGUUAACCGGCCUUGCGGUGAUCGGUACUGUAAUGUUGAUGACAUUGAACAGAUCACAGCAAAGACUAUCGCUGGGUGAAGCCGAAGGAGUGUCUAGUGCCGACAAGGAGUUGAGGCUGCCGGAACCAACGCGCAAGAAACCUUUAGAGGCCACGUGGAGUGCCUUUACAGAUGCGAUCAAACUUUUCUUCACACGAAACAUAUUGCUACUGUCGUUCACGUUUAUUUAUACGGGUCUCGAGCUUACCUUCUACUCCGGCGUAUAUUCGAACAGCGUCGGCUUCACCAAAGCCAUGGGCGAAGGUUACAAAAGCUUGGUAGGACUGUCCGGUAUUUUUAUCGGUCUCGGCGAAGUCAUAGGCGGUGCCAUUUUCGGUAUUUUCGCAUCCAAAAUAUUCCGCAAUUGUGGUGGCUGGCCAGUGGUGCUUACUGGUUUCUUCGUGCAUAUCUUCGCUUUCAUCAGCAUCUUCCUGAAUCUACCAAACGACGCACCAUUUGCGGAUACGAACGAUGUGGGUUUUAUCAAAGCGUCGCCGAUCCUCGCGAUGGCGGGCAGUUUCGCCCUCGGCUUCGGCGAUGCUUGCUUCAACACACAGAUCUAUUCGCUGCUAGGUAUCCUGUUCAUUAAGGAGAGUGCACCGGCCUUUGCUCUUUUUAAAUUCUGUCAAUCAGUCGCAGCGGCUAUCAGCUUUUCGUACAGUACCAUAGCCGGACUGCACAUACAACUCUUGGUACUACUUGUGACUAUAUUCUUGGGUACAGCAGCCUUUUGUUACGUUGAAUAUAGAGAUAAAAAAACAAGAAAUCCGCAGCAAAUCGAUUCGGCAUUAGUCGAUACUAUUAGCGGUGAUGAUUGUUAAUUGUAGUUAAAUGCAUCUUCUAGGAUAAGAUACGUAUUAAGAUCAAAUACAAAUGAGACACGCAUAAAAGAUUUUAAAAGACAAUUAUUUAAUCAUCAAAGAAUAUCAUCAUGUGAUCAAUUGUUAUAUAUCGUGGCCUUUCAAUUUUUAUUUCUCAACUUUUGGAGUACUUGUAUAUAUAAGUUGAUUUCUCUUUUAAAACGAUUUAUAUGUAUAUAUACCAGUUUGUCAGAUAUGUACAUAUGCAUUAUGUAUCAGAAUUAAUAUUCUCAUCAUAAAGUAUUACAUCGCAAAGAACUGAAAGACAUUGUUUUGAUGGCAUCGAUUCAUUCGGUUAUCUAUAGAUGUAUUAUUAGUGUAAGAUUUAUCAACCGACACAAUAAUUUUAUCUUUCUUAUGCACAAAAUCGAAGGAUCUUGUAUCUCGUCAGAUGUUCUUCUUUGUGAGAUAAGUUUUGUUUAAUUGCAAAAUUAAGGAUAUAUAUACGCGCGCGCGCUUAUGCACUGAGAAAAAAAACGGGUGAAAAGAUAACGAACGGAUAUUAUACCGAUCACUUUAAUCGGUAAAAAAAGAAACCUAUCAGAUAUCCAAUCAGAAAAUAUCGAUCAAGCGGAUAUGUGAUCAGAAAGUUCAAAAUUCGGAAUUUUUCGAUCAGAUAUCCGAUUAAAGUAAUCGGUAUAAUAUCCAUUCGUUACUUUUCAUUACUUUUCGUUAGUUUUCAUCGGACAUUUCUCUCAUUUUUCUCAUUGUGUGUAUGUAUGUGAGUGAAUGAGUGUAUAUGUUGUUAAUAGCGAUUCUUGCAUUAUUUUUGUAACGUAUUGCGAUUUUAAUGUUGUGACUAACUAGUCUGUAACACGAGUCUGCCACAAUUCGCGUUUAACUAGUCCAGUAUGCGACAUUUACAACUUAAAACUCGAUUAAAUUAUCCAAGAUCAGAUAUAAGGAUUUAUUUCCUCCUUUA